UUGAAUUGAGGUGGUGCAGGGGAAGAGGAACGAGUGACAAUGGAGGAGCAUGCGUUGCUUGAAUGCUUGGAACUGGCCAUGCCAUGGCUAACCCCAACAGAGCUAGCCACGCUCUCCUCCACCUGCAAAACCCUAAACCACAUCUCCAAAUCCAUCACCUCCGCCAGAGCCUCCGACGCCUCCAGAUCCUACGAGAACCUUCCAGUCCCCUUUGUCAACGCUUGCGACGCCCACCCCUACGCCUACUUCCACUACACUCCUUCUCAAAUCCUCCCUUCCCAGUCCUCUCUUCUUCGACGCCAGCCAUGGGGCUCCAACAACCAGAAUAGCACCCUUCCGCCCCCGGGUCUGAUCCUCCCGUACACGGGCGAAGAAAGCGGGUGUGGGUGCGAGAGUUGUGGACUCGAGUGCCUGUGUGGGGGCUUUGUUGAGGGGUCGGAAGUGAUGAGCGAGUGCGGGCCAGGUUGUGGUUGCGGGUUGAAUUGCGAGAAUCGGGUGACCCAGAGAGGGGUUUCGGUUGGGUUGAAGAUUGUUAGAGAUGAGAAGAAAGGGUGGGGUUUGCAUGCUGCUCAAUUUAUUCCCAAAGGGCAGUUCGUCUGCGAGUAUGCAGGUGAACUCUUGACAACUGAACAAGCAAGAAGGCGGCAACAAAUGUAUGAUGAACUUAGUUCAGGUGGUCGAUUUUCUUCUGCUCUUUUGGUUGUGAGGGAGCAUCUUCCAUCUGGAAAAGCAUGCCUGAGGAUGAAUAUUGAUGGAACAAGAAUAGGGAAUGUUGCUCGUUUCAUCAACCAUUCUUGUGACGGUGGCAAUUUGUUGACAGUACUAGUGAGAAGCUCAGGGGCCUUGUUACCUCGCCUUUGCUUUUUUGCCUCCAAAAAUAUACAAGAAGAUGAAGAACUCACUUUCAGCUAUGGGGAUAUUAGGAUCAGGGAAAAGGGCUUGCCUUGCUUCUGUGGCAGCUCUUGUUGUUUUGGAGUUCUGCCUUCGGAAAAUACUUGAUUGCAGUGAGGUAAUGAAAAACCCCAAGUGGAGGAAUUGAUUGUACAUUGUCAUGUAUCAUUAAUUGCAAAGGUAUAUGAUUGCUGCCAAUGUGCAGCACCAAGUGUAUCAGUAAUCCUAAAACAUAACCUUUGAGAGACUGAUUUGAAAAAUAGAAAUGCUCUGCAAAUCUCUCAGUAGAGUUUUUGAUUAGGAACAUAAUAUUAGUUUGAGAAUGUUUAAGUAUGGUCUAUGGUGUAUGGAGCUAAUUAUGUAAAUACAUUCUUUAUGGUUGAUGGUAUUAA